UGUUGUGAUCGCCAGGUGAACGAAGGUUGUGCCGCGGACCAAAAAACCAUUUCGUAAAAGGAUAUUCAAAGCAGCAGUCGAAGCAGUCUCAUCAUGUCCGGAAAACUGAUAAUGAAACGCAAGCGUGCGGAUCAGCGUAGAGCUCAGCAAGCGGAUGAACAGCAGCAGCAGCAACAGCAACAGCAACCCAGUCAAGGCAACGAGCCAGUCCCCGAGAAGCGUCAUCGCCCAGGAUCGGAUACUCCACCAGCAGAGCUGGAGCAAUCACCAGCAUUGGCAGCCAACAAUUCCAAUAGCAUUUUACUCGAGGCGCUGCAAAAGAUCAUGGAACUGCAGGCAGAGCUGGAUUCCUUCGAGCACGAUUUGGAUGAGCGUGAAGAGGUUAAUGCCCAUCUCGAUGCCGAUGAAGAAGAGCAUUUGGAUGCCGAGGUAGCUGCUAACUUUGCGCCGCCAGCGAGUCGACGCACUGAGGCCGAAGCUCUGGGAUUUGCGAUGUGCGCACGCGAAACGUUGUUGUUCCUGCAGAGCGAAGGCGUCUCCACGGAGUCAGUGCUGUAUAAGACACUGCUGGGCAAGCUGGUGGGUCAAAGUGACGGACUGCUGCACGCCUAAGUGCGACACCCUGUAUUAUACCCCCAGUGGAGCAAUCUAGUCAAUUUACUGCAAUCUCAUUGCGAGUAAAACCAAAAAGUUGCAGCUGCUUGCAGAUGCAAGCAACUAAAACACAUAGUUCUAAGUUGUUUACUCUAGUCAGUUAUUGUGAAGCAAUA